UGACCAGAGACUGCGGACAGUACAGGGGAUGACCAGGGACUGCGGACAUAGUACAGAUGACCAGAGACUGCAGACAGUGCAGGAGAUGACCAGAGACUGCGGACACAGUACAGGGAAUGACCAGAGACUGUGGACACAGUACAGGGGAUGACCAGAGACUGCGGACACAGUACAGGGGAUGACCAGAGACUGUGGACACAGUACAGGAGAUGACCAGAGACUGCGGACACAGUACAGGAGAUGACCAGAGACUGCGGACACAGUACAGGAG